AUGCUUGUCCACACAUAUGAUGGGCUGCUAGUAGAGAUCGCUCUCAAUGGCGAGAGAUUUAAAAUAUUAUCUCUUUUGGUCGUAGUUAUCUUCUGUACGAUGUUCUUCAUGAAGAUCGGUUCGGUUUCUGCAGGUUGGUUGCGAGCUCAUGCAACCUUCUAUGGUGGAAGUGAUGCUUCUGAUACAAUGGGUGGAGCUUGUGGUUAUGGAAACCUAUACACGGACGGUUACAAGACAAACACUGCGGCAUUGAGCACCGCACUGUUCAAUGACGGUAAGUCAUGUGGUGGCUGUUACCAGAUUGUCUGCGACGCGAGCAAAGUGCCACAAUGGUGUCUUAAAGGCAGAUACAUUACAAUCACAGCCACAAACUUCUGUCCACCAAACUUUGCUCAGGCAAGCGACAAUGGAGGAUGGUGCAUCCCACCAAGACCUCACUUCGAUAUGGCUCAACCUGCCUUUCUCACCAUCGCUAAGUACAAAGCUGGAAUCGUCCCCAUCCUCUAUAGAAGGGUUGGAUGCAGAAGAGGUGGAGGGAUGAGAUUCACCAUGAAAGGUAGGGACUAUUUCGAGCUAGUCCUCAUCUCAAACGUAGGAGGAGCUGGUGAGAUCUCUAAAGUUUGGAUUAAAGGUUCUAGGAGCAACAAGUGGAAGACAAUGUCAAGAAAUUGGGGAGCUAACUGGCAAAGCAACACUUACCUCAACGGUCAAUCUCUCUCUUUCAAAGUUCAGCUUAGCAAUGGAAGAACCAAAGUAGCUCUCAAUGUUGUUCCUUCGAAUUGGCGGUUUGGUCAGAGUUUCAAGAGCAACAUCCAAUUCUGA